AAGAUGAAGUGGCGGAGGAUCCUGACCUUUGCCAUCCUACAGGCACAGCUCCCCAUCAUAGAUGCUGUACCAGUUCUUGGACUGACAGACCCAAGACUCUGCUACUUGCUGGACGGAUUCCUCUUCAUUUACGCAGUCAUCAUAACAGCCCUUUUUGUGAAAGCAAAGUUUAGCCAGUCCUCUGAGCCACAGCUGCAACCAGGCCAGGAUGAUGUGUAUAAUAAACUGUCUCGUGGACACAGAGAUGAAUAUGAUGUUCUGGGGCAAAAGCGAGGUGCAGACCCUGAGCUGGGUGGGAGAUACCAGCAAAGAAGAAAGAACCCUCAGGACACCGUCUACACUUCACUGCAGAAGGACAAGAUGGGUGAGGCAUACAGUGAAAUCGGGAUGAAGGGAGAGCAGAGGCGGCGAGGCAAAGGAAACGAAGGUGUCUACCAGGGACUCAGCACAGCGACCAAGGACACUUAUGAUGCUCUCCAAAUGCAGCCUUUGCCACCCCGCUAAGUGGCA